AUGUCGGCCAUCAUCGACCCGCGUCAACGGGCGCGCGAGCGUCAGGCCGUCGAGAAGCCCGACUUUAGCGCAGUCAUCCUCGUCGGCACUGGUGACAACCUCUACCCGUUCAACCAGGGCACCAACGUCCUGCCCAAGGCUCUCAUGCCCGUCGGCAACGUGGCUGCGAUUAACCUCGUGCUCGACUGGGUCUUUGCUGCGGGUCUCACUGACAUCCUCGUCAUUGUGCCGCCCAGUUCCGAGGCGUCCGUGUCCGAGUACUUGCACCAGUCGUACAACACCGAGUCGCACCCCCGCGCUCGCAUCUCCCUCAAGAGCUAUGCCGACGGCGAGGACGACGACGAGGAGGCGGACCCCAUGGAGAUGGAAGAGCGCGCGGGCACUGCUCGUCUGCUCAAGCGCUUCCGUUCGUUGAUCAAGACCGACUUUGUGCUGCUGCCGUGCGACAUUAGCUUCCCCUCGACGCUCACUUUGGCGUCUAUUCUCGACAAGCACCGUGCGACCCCAGACGCUGUCAUGACUUCGGUGUUUUACGAGGCCCCCGAGGCCAUCAAGGAGAACGAGGAGAAGAUGCUGGUGGCCACCGACAAGGAGACUGAUGAGCUGCUCCUGAUCACACCCCUCGAGACUCUGGAGGCCGAGGACGACCUCGAGCUGCGCACCAGCCUCAUCGCCCGCCACCCUACCCUCUCCCUCUCCACCCGCCUCUUGGACGCUCACGUUUACGUCUUCCGCCGCACCGUGCUCGACCUCCUCGCCACCCGCAGGUCCAAGGACCUGUCGUCUGUCCGCGAGCAGUUUGUCCCCUGGCUCGUCAAGGGUGCCUGGCAGAGUGGUCUUGGCCACGAGUGGACCCCAAUCCUCUGCCCCCCAAGGAGAGACCCCCUGUCGCUCGCCCUCUCGCGCUCGGUCGCCAUGCCAUGGGAGCAGGCAGCGCUCCUCGACCAGAGCUCAUGCCCGGGCUCUGCCGCGUCCGAGAACGCGCCUCUCCCUGCCACUUCGACUGGCGAGGAGCUCGCUGCUUUCAAGGCUGCCGUCUCCAAGUCGGGCAAGACGCGCCGGCGCUCUGCGCGCGACAAUGUCCCAUGGACCUGCCGUGUGGUCAUUUCCAAGCCGCCUACGCCCGCCCCCGUGGCCGCUGCUGCCGCCGCACCGGCAAAGGGAGGUAACAAGGGCAAGCAGUCUCCUGGACCCGAGCCCGAAUACCUCGUCCGCGCAAACAGCUUGGCUGGCUACUGGGAGAUCAACAGGCGACUGGUUCGUGCCCUUGGUGCCGCCAACGCGGGCCAGGCUCCGGGCGGUGUGGCCAACGUCGGUGUGUCAGCUGCGACGGGUGCUGCUCCCGCCGCCGCGACUGCCGCAGACGAGAUUGCCGACUCGGCGCAGAUCUCUCCCGACUCGCUGGUGGGCGACGGCGUGCGCGUUGGCGACCGCGCGAGCAUCAAAAAGUGUAUUGUCGGCAGGCACUGCAACAUUGGCCGUGGAGCAAAGCUCACUGGAUGUGUUCUCUGGGACUGGGUCACUGUCGAGGACAAUGCGCGUCUCGAAAACGUCAUUCUCUGCGGCAACGUGCGUAUUGGCGAAAAGGCGCAGAUCAAGGACUGCGAGUUUGGUCCUGGCUUUGAGGCUCUCCCCGGCGCCGUGCUCAAGGGUGAGCGUCUCAUUGCUGGCCAGGAGGCCUAG